GAACUCCGGCUACCCACACGCUUUGUGUCGACUGUCGAUGUCGAUUCUGUACUUGACAGUUUAUUCAGGACUUCUUAUAUAAACAGGAUAUACUUCUUUUAUUCAGGACUUCUUAUAUAAAUAAAAUAUACCUUGUAUAUUUAUAAUACAUGGUAAUAUACCCUGAAUAUUAUAUACCUAUAUAAUAUACCUUGUAGUAUAUAGAAGGUCCUGGUUGAUUUGACCUUGACAGUUUCUGUUUCCCACAGCUGUGGUUAAGAGGUAAACGACACGACAGUUGAAAUUUAAAUUUGAAAUAAUAAGAUUAAGAUAAUACUUGUUGAGACGUUGUUGAAACUUGUAAGCUCUUGAUAAAAUUAAGAACUUAACUGUGAUUGAACUUAGAAGUGUCUUUUAUCUGGAUCAUCAAUAAAAAAAUGGCACCAAAAAAACGGUCGACAUCAUACAAUCAAAGAUCUCGGCGACCAUCAAGAAUGAAGGAAUCCGUCAGCUGCUCAGUUUUCCUGGAAGAUGUUGACCCAGUUCAGUCGUCAACACCAAAACAAGACAGAACGAGGUCGACAUUCAAGUUGACAAAAAAGGAAAUUUCAAAAGCGGCAGAAGAACUGACCGCAGAAAUACAAAACAAAAUUGACGAGUAUGUCAAGUCAGCAACCUUGUUCAAGCUAUCUUUAAAACGACAACUUUUGAAAGCACCUCUCUGGCAGUUCGAGGAGUAUAGAGAGAAUUAUGCAGUCGAUGUAAUUAAAAUUGAUGAAAACAUUGAAAAUGUUGAACCAAUGUGCAGUUCGAGAAGACUGCGCACUAGUAGUGUGGAUCGAUUCAAGAAACCAGCUCCAGUAGCUAUAAAACAGACUGGCGGUCGAGUAUCAAGAUCAGCGACCCGAUCAAGGAAUUCUGCUAUGAAGACUCCAUACAUGACGUCGCAGUUUGGUUGGGCGGAGAUGACGCCGAUCACACCCAAGUUCGACAUCAACACACCAGUGUCAGUGCUGCGACAACCGCGCCUGGGAGAGCAGGCCGUGUCACUGAGUGGCAGUCCCCUCCAUGUGGCCAUUCCCACCGCCACCAACCCCACAGUCAAUGUGCCACUCAGUGACGGCAACGUUGUCACCAUCCUCCCGCCCCUCAGUCAGUCCAACCGCCCCCACGCGCCCCCUGUCGCACUCGACCCAGAGUGUAGGCACAAGCUGCAGACCAUUCAAAUGUAUCUCACGCACAUGUUGAGCGGAUACAACUCCGAUUGAUUCACCAACCUCUAGACACCAAUUGUUGUGCAGCGGCCAUAGAAGUCACCAAUUGGAGAAACUUUUCAAAUUCGUUCAUACUGAUAUCACAAUAAUUAAUAUAACAUAGAAUAUAACCGAUACUGAAUGUUAUAAUAUCAAUAACCUAUGCAUACUUUUGCUAAUAAUUUUCUAAAACAGAAAAUAUUUUGGAGAACUUGUUUUAUACCAAACAGUUUUGGCUAACUUAAUCAUGAUGUUGGCUUACUAAGAUGUUGAAAUUUUCAUGUAGAAAAUUAGGCUAGAUGAGAUGAGGUUAGGGUAAUCUGGUUACUCCUCUUGGUAGAACGGUUAACCCCUUGCUAUAUAAGCAUUUUGUACUAAAGAAAAUUUGUUUUAUAAAUAACUAUAUCUAUUAACUCUAUUAUGUAUUAAUGUUUGAUUGAAUAAAUAAAUUUAUUGACUAAAAA